AUGAAACAUUGCUUCAUGAUAAUUGGUAUUUUCGUUUUCAACGUCUCAGCUCAAACACUUCAACCACAAGAAACAUGCGGUCAGCCAGCACUGAAGAUCAAGGCUAUCCAUCCAGAAUUCGGAAGUGCCACUGGAUUUUAUGGAAUAGCGAAAGGAAUGUCGGACGGAGUGCACACAAAUCCAAAUUCUAAAUCGUAUGAGAAUCUGAACAAGUGGCUCUUUGAAAACGGAACUGUAACUUUAAAUGAUGUUUUUGCGGAUUUAGUAGCCGGUCAACCUGGACCCACAAUCUUCUGGAAAUUGGGGUUCAUUUUGGUCUUUGUUACACUGGCUUUGUGCAUCGUCACAGCUAUUUGGCUGUGUUUUUAUUCAUGUGCUCCCAAGAAAAAUUCAAGCGAUUCCAAAAUCACUGGAAUUGUGUACGCUGGAUUGUUGGUUAUCACAUUCGCAAUCGCAUUAAACGGGUUGAUACUAUUCAACACGGCUGAGAGUGAUCUAGUGGAUUCAAUUGACAAAACGAUGGACUACGUGAAACAGAUCGCUUCUGACCGCACCAAAGUCCUAACCGAAGGUGCAUAUCAAGUGGCAUGUGAAUUCUUACGUACAACUUCUCACAACUUUGCCCAUUUGAACUCUUUUGUUUCAAAUUACACGUCAACUGUAGUUGACGACACGGAAAGUGGUGUUGGAAUAGUCGAUGUUAAUGAUUUUGAUCUUUCUGGCUAUCGAGAUCAAAAUCAAAUCACAAUAAAGUCAGGAAAUGCUCUGGUAAAUCGUCUUCGAAAUAUGAACACUCUUGAUAUGGACUGCAAGGCACAUGCAAAAAAUUUGGUCAAAGAAAUACCGGUGCUUGAGAAAACAUUGCCGGUCUCCGCAGCAGCCACACGCAUUAUCAAAGGAUCCAUGCAACUUCAACGCAUUAAUUCCCAGAUCAAGGAUAUUAAAGAUCAUAUUCAAACCGAAUCUAAUCGCGCAUUAAAAGCCAUCAAACAAGCACAAAAAAUUGUUGAUGGUUCUCUGAAGACUAUCAAUACUUCGCUGAUCGCGUAUCAACAGGAGGUGACCGAAGCGCUGAGCACACUGAACUCUGGUCAUGAGCAUUUUGUGGCGUCAAGUGGAUAUUCUAGCUUGAAAAUUUGUGUUCGUCUUCUUGUGACUUUGCCUAUUUGCAUUGGACUCGUUUUUUGUAUCAUUGGAUGUGUAGCAAUAGCCCUGUCACUUUGGAAGAAUACACCUUCAAAGUUCACCCUGCCCACUCAAUUCCCCAAGCUCGCCACAAUUGUUCUCGUUGGUUUUUACGUUAGCAUCGUGGUUUCCAUUGUGCUUCUUUUAUUUUCGAGUACUCUUUUUAUCUUGGGAUGGUUCGUGUCAGCCAUAUGUGUUCCCACUUUCCAAGAUGAUAAUUAUACAAUGUUUCAUAGUAUACAUGUAUCAAUUAAUAGAACAAAUGGACCUUUGGAUUAUUUGAAUAUUGGAAAACUUUUCACAUCCUGCCGCAAUCCUAGAAUGACACUGUACAGCGCAAUUGAGGGAGAGAAAUUGUUUCGCCUAGAAUCAGUUACCGAGAAGCUGAACUUGAAUGCCUUUCGGAAUAUGACAAACGAGAAAAUUAUGAAACUGCCUAAUUUGACAUUUUCAUUCGAGAAGCAUCAUGAAAUAUCAUUUGACAAAAUAAGCCAUGGUUAUAGUACUGUAAAGAAAUCCAAUUUAACAGAUUGUGAUGAUGAGGAUGCAGUUCAAGAGUACCAAGAAUACAUUGAGCUCCUUGAAAAAUCUUAUUCGUUAUCCGAUCAAUUUGUGGAUAUUGUGAAGACGUUGAGUUCGAAUGCUCUAAAUAUGACUUUGAUAGCCAGGGAUCUUAACAAUGACUAUUUUGAUAGUGGAGACUGGUCAAUUAAUGAGUCAAUUACGGCGCUUAGGACAAACCUUCAAACUAAUAUAUUCAUGUGUCGCCCGUUUAUUGAUAUCUUCAACAAUGGGGGUAUCAUUCUGUGCCAACAGCUUGGAAAACCAAUUCAUGGAAUGUGGGCUUCUGCUGGGUUAGCUGGAAUUGCAUUUCUUCUUCAAUCAAUUCUCUUUCUUCUUGUUUACCGUUGGUUGAGACAAAGUGAUGUUGAUAAGAAAGAUUCCACAGCUGUACCAUCCGUGAAGUCCACCAGUGACCCCAAAGUGGAUACUGAAAGUUCACAUGCCAGUGUGCACCCGACAGAGUCAGUUACAACAGUUACUGAAGGAACUAACUAUGAAUUGGCAAAAACUCCGAAAACUCCAGCAAAGAGAGCAUCAAGGGCUUCAUUUGACACACUUGACGUUGUACCAAAAUGGUGAUUGAUGUUUAUGCAAACUUCCAAUUGUCGGUA